AUGCAAACAAAUGAUGUUGACUUUUGUGACCGCUUGUUGGCCUUUCUUGACGAUACAAUAUCAAAUGUUAUUCCUGAUGACCCAGAUCCCAAUAUUUCCGUUUCAUCAGUGUUUGCAUCAUCCGUGCUCCGUGUGUGGCGUGGCUCUGAACAUGAGUUCGGCUCGUCAGAAAGAUUUGCAUCAUUUAGUGAAGGUUUGUCAGUGCACAAGCAUAACCUCACAUGUUUCAAGUACUGGAAGGGUCCGCCCAGCCCGCGUGAGUGCCGAUUUGAUCUUGACGAAAGUCACUUUUACAGUGCGAAAAUUUGCUUGCGUUGUUUGGACGGUAUGGUUAACAUUGUAACGCAUCAAUGUUGGAAAGCCAGUACUGUGCAAUAUGGAUAUCAAGUUCAUCGGUUCAUGGGUGCGUCUGCAAAGGUCGAUUUAUAUUACAUUACAGAUUAUAUCAGAAGUCCACAGCUAAAAGCUCAUGUCGCAUAUGCUGCAUUAGAUUUUGGCAAACAUGAUGAUCUUACCAUCCGAGCAAAAGAGCUGAUAAGGAAGAUGGCUGCUUACCUGAUGGAAUUUGGCAAUCAUUACACCAGUCACGAAUUCAUCAAUGUCUUUUGGACCUUGUUUGAGAACCAUGUUGAUGCCAUUUUGCCUCUUCCUAAGUCAUAUGUCGCUGAAGAACAUUGUGAAACUCAUAUCCCCGAUGACAAUGAGACACAUUCACUAAACGAAACAGACUAUGAUCAGGCUGAUUCAUUAAAACCGCCAUCUGAUGAAGAAGUUAUGCAGAAUCUUGCUGAUAAUGAUUUGGCCAAUGAUGAAGUUGGUUUGUCAAUGGAUGACAGUGGCAAUUUGGUCCCGAGAGCAAAUCAGGUCCAAGAUUAUACACUGAGAUCUUCUGGGCUUCGGGAUAUAUGUUCCGGACGAGGAAAGCAAGGACACAUACGAUCCUCAGAGGUCGAUUGA